AUGACCUCCACUUCGGCGACCGCCGGGGCGGUCGCCGCCCCGCACGCUGGAGCCGCGUCGCCGCCCCCCGCCGCCCCCGAGGCGCAUGGUGACCUCGCCGUCGCCGCCUCCCCCCACCCGUCGGCCUCCUCAUCGACCAUCGAGUCGGACUCGCCAGGACCCGCCCCGAUGGCCUCUCUGCCUCUCCCCUCGCGCGAGGAUGACACCUCGGACCCCGAGGAGGACGACGAGGACAAUGACGAGGAUGAGGACGACGAGGAGGAGGACGACGAGGACGACGAGUCCUACGACGACGGCUCUUCCGACAUCUACGUCGAUGCCUUCACCGACAAUGGCGCGCCACACGCCUCGGCCGCCAUCAUCGGCGGCUACGCCGAGCACUCGGACCACCAUCACCACCACCACCACCAUCACCAUCACCACUCCGACGGCGGCCCGGCCACCGGCCCCAGCAGCCCCGGCCAGCCGCACCAAACCGACGAGUACAAGCUGAUCGCCAAGCUCCUGGAUCUGGACGAUCCGCGCAUGACCGAGGACCUGCUGAAUGUCUUCCUCGAGCACGACUCCGCCCUCGAGCAGCUGGUCAUGUUCAUCACCCGCAAUGACCCCACCUACAAGCCGGUGCCCGGCGCGCCUCCCCGCGAGCGCGACCAGUUCGCCGACCCCAUGGCCCUGCGCCGGUCCUACCACGCGAUGGAGCUCCUGUCGGAUGCCAACUCGCCCAUGACCAACAAGCUGAUCGUCCACCGGUGCCCGAAGAUCCUGCUCUGUCUGUUCCGCAUCUUCGACCCCGACUCGUAUGGCAACUUCCACCACUUCCGCCGCGUGCUGGACAUGCUCCUGCGGAACAACGCCCUCCUGGUCAUCCACUUGGUGUCUACCAAGAUGCCCAACACCGGCGAGCCGCUCAUGUCUCGCAUGCUUGACUACCUCGAAGACUCGUCCGUGUCCACGGUCAUGGGCACGCUCCUGUUCUUCCCCCUCCCCACCUCCGAGCGCAUCGCCUUCUACCAGCGCCUGCGCGAGGUGAACCUCUUCAAGCAUGCCGUGGCGCACAUCGGCCGGGCGGACCCCUUCGACUCCUUCGCCAUCGGGGACUUCCUGGUCCGGGUGAUCGACGAGAGCCCGCGCCUGGAGACCGCCAACUUGAUCAUCAACCACCUGGUCCCGCAGGCGCAGUACGAGCAGCAGCAGCAGCAGGCCCAGCUGGGGGGCCCCGGCUCCCUCGGGGGCGCCGGCGGCCACCACGAGCCGCCGACAUUGCACAAGUUCGUCGAGGCCGAGCUGGAGGCCUUCUGCGCGGACUUCCCGGACAUGGUCCUCCCGGCGGAGGGCCGCGUGCCGCAGGUGUCCGACGCGUCGCCCGACUCCGAGACCAUGCUCGACUGGCUGCUGGACAUUGCCCUGUCCCGUGACGCGCACAUUGGCAAUGCCCAGCGCUCGGUGGCCAUGCGCGUGGUGCUGACGUUGCUCGGGAAAUCCACUCCCAACUUCUUCGAGGUGGUCAUCCCCUCCGGCAAUGGCGUGGCCCUGGAGAACCAGCGCCUGGUCAAUGGGCUGCACCCUUUCUACUCGUCCAUCUCGCAGUACCUGCGCAACCGCAUGCCGGACCUGCUGCGCCUGCUGAUGGACCCGUUCUACGUGACGGAGACCGACGCGGAGAAGGCCUCCUCCGGCUUCCCGGUGUCGGUGUCCUUCUCGGCGUACGACGUGUCCCGGUGCUUCCCCUCGCUGCGGCUGGUGGUGCUGGAGCUGAUCUUCGAGCUGUACCACGAGCUGGAUCUCAACCAGGACUUCGACCAGGCCAGCGAUUCCGAGUGCGAAGACCCGGCCGGCGGGGCCAUCGAUGGGGAUGGCUUCGGCGCCGGGCCCGGGGCCACCGGGACCGGCACCUCCGGCAGCCUGUCCGCGCAUUUCCUGUACGACGGCGAGCCCGGGGCCCCGUCCUCCUCGUCGGUGGCGCAGCUGCAGAAGUUCCUGCGCUUCCUGGACGUGGACUUCUGGCGCUGCCUGACCACCUGGUUCAUCCAGCACCCGCACAACAACCUCUACCACACGCUCUUCUUCAAGCUCUUUGUCACGGCCCUGCGGCAUAGCCACCUGUGCGCGCGGACCAUGCGCACCAUGGUCCUCCGGUCCGGCAUCAUCGGGGCCAUGGUCGCGGCCACGGGGUUCCCCCUGCCGGCCGAGGAGCUGCGCCUGGUCCAGCGCGACUUCCCGGACCUGGACUUCGAGGCGCUGAUGGCGUCCGCCGGCGCCGCCUCCUCCGCCGGCGAGACUGUCGACCCCUCGGCCGACGAUCUAGACCACCAGCAGCAGCAGCAGGUGUCCCUCUCCGGGUCCGGGGGGGCGGCCGGCUCCUCCUCCUCCUCCUCCGGCGGCGGCCCCGGCCUGUCGUAUGACGACCCGCUGUUCAUGUUUGCCCCGGACAUCAGUGCCGAGGUGGCGACGCAGCCGGCCGCGCCGGUGGACGACACGCAUGACGAGCACGCGGCCGGGGCCGGGGUCGUCGGCGGCGUCGGGCUUCCCCGGCAGUCGCCCCCUCCCACGCGUGGGUAUGCCCUGCUGCUGUUGAAUGUCAUCCGCCUGACGGCGGACUCCCUGCCGGAGCGGGCCUUCCUGCCGAAUGAGCUGGCCCAGCACCCGGUGUGGCGGCUCUUCCUGCCGAUCCUCCGGGUGGAAACCCGCCGGCAGACCCUGUCCCUGGUGGACUUGGUCCGGCGGCGGCGGUCCAUGUCGGUGGCGGGCACCGGGCCCGGGGGCCGUGGUGCCGGCGGUGCCCUGGACCUCGAUCGUCUGAUGGAGUACUCCGGGCAUCAUGACCUGCUGGGCCAGCCGCCGCUCAUGAUGGGGUCCUCCUUCCUGGGCGGCGCCGGUGGCGGGCUGCAUGAUCUGGAUGACUACGACUCGCCGAUCUACCGGCGGCCGCUGCCGUAUGCCGGGCCGCUGCCGGCGCCGAUCCUCGAGCACUCCAGUGACUAUGGUCUUGGCGGGCAGGACUUCGGUGUUGGCCAGCUGGAUGACUAUGUCAACCCGUCCCCCUACACCAGCGAGGACCAGCUGCGCAUGUUUGUCAUGAACUCCUUCCAGCCGGAUGAGAUUGAUUUGGGCUCGCAGUUCGCCUACUCGCUCGGCUUCACCGGGGUCUUCCGCGGUGGCUCGGACGCCAUGACCGACGAGUAG